GUGGCUCAAAGCGAUAGGAGGAUUUUUCGCAUCGCUCGACUUUUACGUAUAUACGAGUGCGAUGCCGCACGUUGAACUUUGAUUCACGUUGCCAUACGAAUCGAGGGGCGAGUGUGAUCAGUUUUGUGAAAGUGUAUCACAUGCCUCAUCGACUCUCGUGUUCCACGAGAUCGUAACAAUUGGAUAGCUUCGACACAUCGUCACAUAUAUACGACGAGAGAGAAAGAGAGAGAGAAAGAAAGAGAGAGAGAGAAGAGCAGCUACUUCUUUAUACGCUCACUUACCUUGCAGAUGGCGGAGGAUUUUGGUUAGAACUAUGACAAGAGAAAUCGAUGACCUGUGUACCUGAGGUGUCCUCACGACAUUUCGCGUGAUAAUAAUAUAUUCUCCUAUCGAGACGCGGCGAUCAAAAUCUCACGGAAAGUCAGAGCCAUGUCGUCGCCGAGGCCAAGACGAUCCAGCGUAUCGAUUUAUGAUUAUCCAGAACAUCUGAAUCCCUUCAACGAUGAUACGACGAGUUCUCAGCCGCAGAUGCGCCACGAAAUCAAAUCGUCGAAGGAAUCUAGACACAAAUUCUGGACGUUCGGCAGAAGUCGGAAAAAAAGAUCGAACAGCUUUUCAAUCAAAUCGACUUGGAAUGGAUUGUUCGGAAAGCGCAAAGAAACUACAGAACCGAUGGAAAAGAGGUCGACAAUUACAACAGUUUCGACAACAUACAAGAGACAGCCUUACGAUAAACCAAUAGCGCCUCCGCGUCUAUCUAAGGAUCACCAGGAAUUCGAUGAAGCCCUGGGCACAUUGACGAGAAGAAAGAAACAUACUCUCAACAAUUCAGCUUCGAGAUACAGUUCAAAUUUGACGGUUAACGGAGAUUUCGCGAAAAUCUCCGACGGGCAUCAUCCUCAAGACACGACAACGUCUAUCAUGGGCGUCGAUCUCACACCAAAGCCACCGGCUAGACGAUUUGGACAAGUAAGUCCGAGGCCAACGGACAAGAUACCACCUCUGAAUUUCGAAGACAAGCAGAACGGUACUGUCAGUCUCGACAACAGAUCGGAAGAAACGCCGGUUCCGCCACUGCGAAGAUUCGGCGUUAGAUCAUCGCAGAGAUUGAACGGAACCGCGUCGGAUCUUGAGGACGAUUCGGUCACCCGAGCCAGCGACGCUGGCUUGAGAGACGAGAACGAAAACAUGGCCGAGGAUUAUAUCUUCAAAAGAUUCAGUCAGGACGCGGUGAGAAGAUCGAACUUGUCCAUCAACAGUUGCGUAUCCGUUACGAGUACGGCGAGCACGUAUAGACGCAAAAAACGAAGAGCGCCGGAUCCACCUAAACAGAAAGAACAGUUGGAAGCUUCUGUGGUACAUGAAGAUAACGGUCGAUCUGCGACAGAAGCAAAUAAAACAACAACAGAAUCCACACCGGAUACGAGUACGUCGAUCGAACUCCAAAUAACCGAACCGAUCAGUAUCAUCGCGGCGGACAGCGUCAACGAGAUGACAUCUGAGAAAAAUCAUGACGUAUCAUCGCGGGAAGAAACGAAACGGACGUCCGAAUUGCUAGCGAAAACAACCGAGACCGUGCGAUCCGACAACGUUGAAAAGAUAAUUGUGAAGAACGAAGCGAAUGAAGUUUCGAAGAAAGACCCCGAGCCUGAGAUAAAGAUCGAAAACGAUCCUUCGGAAGAAAAAGCGGCGCACAGCUUCGACGAAACGUCGGAGGAAACCGAGUCUGAGACGACAGAAGAGAAAUCGAAUAAGAAGAAGAAGUCAGACAUCGACGUUGAAGAUAACGUCGAAAAAAAUCAUGUGGACAUAGAAUACGAGAGAACGUCCCAAGAGAAGAUGGAAAUUAUCAAGGACAUCGAGGAAGAUUUCAACGAGGUCUGUCUCAGAAAAAAAGAUGGAGGCUCGUCCAGCGCUUUGUCGCCGGGCGAUAAUUUUUCCGUUAAAGAAGAAAUCGAGAAGAUCGAACGACAGAUCAAGGCUCUGGAGAGCAAAAAUGCUGACGAACAAGAGGAGGAAACGGUUGACGCGCGUGACGACGAAUCGACGACGAACGCAAGAUUGUCAAUUCAGGCAAAUCGCCGUAACUUCUUUGAAAACAUGGUAGACGGUCCGUCCGGUCCGAUCAAGUUGGAAUUCAAAAAGUUGCCGUGCGAGCAAAAAGACAUUCACGUGGUCAGAUUGACGGAUCCGCCGGUACCGGUCGCGGCGCCCCGGGACCCGGUCAAGGUGAUCGAACUGCACAUAUCCGAACCGAUCAGGCACAAACCCCCCGAAAUCUUGGACGAGGUAAAUCCGAUUCCGAAACCUAGAAGACACAGCGCUCUCAGUUUAAAAGACGUGUCCGAAUCGAGACUUUCGAAAGAGAGAAGCAAAAGUCCGGAUGAUAUCAAUGCCAAGAGAGGUAAAUCCUUCUGAAAAUCAAACUAGCUCUUUGUUUUUGAGGAUUUUGGAUGUCUCUGGUAAAAUCGUCUUGUUUCUACGACUCCAUAGAUGGAAGCGGAAUUAUGUUUAAUUAAAAACUUCGAUACGAUGACUUUCCACGUGUUUAUAGAGGAACUACUAUACUCAUAAAGCUACGCGCACAUGCUACGUUUAUAUACGCUCAUUUUUAGUACACACGUUUUGUUGUUACAUUGCAGUUUCAUACUUUGGCAUUUCUACCACGCUGUACAUGAUUUAUAAAUGAAUGUUUCCUCGUUUGCGAUGUUUCGCCGUAAAAUACUUAGGUGUAUGAUUUUCAUUAUUUAUUGAUACGAUAUAAUAAAACUUAAAACCUU